CCCAUCACUCGGGUCAAGUUUUCCUCCUCUGCUUUGAUCUGUGGUAAUAGUCUUGAUUUAUUUUUUUUUUCCUGUGUUUUACAGUGGUUUGAACUUCAUUGAUUUGAUGGUGCGACAGGGGAAUAUCGACAACCCUCCUAAGACACCCCUUGUUCCUGGGUUUGAAUGUUCUGGAAUUGUAGAAGCUCUUGGAGACAGCGUCAAAGGAUUUGAGAUUGGGGACAGAGUCAUGGCCUUUGUGAACUACAAUGCCUGGGCUGAGGUGGUGUGCACCCCGCUGGAGUUUGUCUACAAGAUCCCUGAUGACAUGAGCUUUUCUGAAGCUGCUGCAUUUCCCAUGAACUUUGUAACUGCCUACAUGAUGCUGUUUGAGGUUGCCAACCUGAGAGAAGGCAUGUCUGUGCUGGUUCACUCGGCAGGAGGUGGGGUGGGUCAAGCUGUUGCUCAGCUCUGUUCAACCAUUCCCAAUGUUACUGUUUUUGGAACAGCUUCAUCUUUCAAACAUGAAGCAAUCAAAAACUCGGUAACUCACCUGUUUGACAGAAAUGCAGACUAUGUUCAAGAAGUAAAAAGAAUCUCAACAGAUGGAGUAGAUAUUGUUUUGGACUGCCUUUGUGGAGAAAAUACUGGAAAAGGCCUCAGUCUUCUCAAACCACUUGGGACUUACAUUUUAUAUGGUUCAUCUAACAUGGUUACUGGGGAGACAAAAAGCUUCUUCAGUUUUGCAAAAUCAUGGUGGCAGGUUGAGAAAGUAAAUCCUAUCAAACUGUAUGAGGAGAACAAAGUCAUCGCUGGAUUUUCCCUGUUGAAUCUCCUUUUCAAACAGAAUCGAGGUGGCCUGGUCAAGGGUGUGAUGGACAAACUCCUAAACCUAUAUAACAGUAAGAAGAUCAAGCCUGUGGUUGAUUCAUUAUGGGCUUUGGAAGAGGUGAAGGAGGCCAUGCAGAGAAUCCACGACCGAGGAAAUAUAGGAAAACUCAUUCUGGAUGUGGAGAAAGCACCCACUCCCCUGAUGGCCAACGACAGCACGGAGACGAGCGAGGCUGGAGAGGAGGAGGAGGACCACGAGGGCGACAAUGAGAACAAGGARCGCAUGCCCUUCAUCCAGUAGCAGCCAGAGGAGGCAGGAGAGUCGGGAAGGAGAAGGGAACAAGACUGGGAAAUCUCUUCUGUGCAUCAGUGAACAAAUGCUGUAGUACAGUGUGUGUUGUAUUUGUUUGCAGUCAGCUGAGCUAUGAGCUGUUGAUCAUUGUUGUUUUGAACUCAAGUGCCAUUCUCAUCCAGUGCAGUAUUACGACAUUUCUGUGUAAUACCCGGGUUCCCUGUUAGGAGUCCCAUGGAUUUUUCUGUUCUUGUUUGAAAGCCUUAUUAACUGUGUAAUUUUAGAUGGGCAUCUUUCUCAUGCGAAUUCCAACAUCUUGCAUAAAGUUAUUUGGGAGGUUUGGGCUUUUUUUGCAAGUUGGAAACAGUAAAAAAAAAAAAAUCCCCACUUGCUGUCUGAAAGAUUCUAGUAACUAGAGGGAUAAUUUCAUAUUUCUGGGUCUUCAGUGUUAAAAUAGUUUUCCUCUAAUGAACCACAAAUAAAAGUUGCAACAAAGAUGACUUUUCAUUUUCCUCAGUCAUAGUUCRUCAUUUCAUAUGCAAUCCUGUUCUUCAUUUUCAAAAGUACCUCAUCUAGAAUCAUGGAAUCUGAAAUUGUGCGAGAAAUCAUUAAUUGAGAGGCUUUGAUCAACAUCUUCUGGUAAGGACUCAUAUGUCAAAUCCAAACCAAUUUUAAACUUCAGUUUUGAAUUGCAUUGGUAAGGAUCACUUACAAGGAUGCAAAAAGAAAUUUGRUGAUGGAGUUUAUUGCUCUGAAAUUGCUAAAGUGUGGUCAACUGUCAGACUGGAGCUGAACACCUGCAGAAGUUAACCCUGUUAAAAAAUGAGGUUUAGGCCUUAAUCCCAYCACAAAUCAUGCACAGGGAGAACUUUUAUCUGGGUGAGUUGUUCUAUCAAAAGCUCUGUCCAUAUGUACAGUUACAUUUGUAAUUAUUUACAGGAUCAAGUAUUCAAAGACCAGCUAGUCUUAUCUACCUCCCACAAGUGGAAACUAUAUCUGAACAUGAAAAAAGUAAAUAUUUUUUUCACGUCCUUCACUUAUCCAAACAGCAGCUACUCAGGUGCUCAACUGUCUUGUUAAAACAGUUAUUUUAAAAUUACUGCAAUCAUGUGCAGYACAAAUGCUGAAGGGCUGGCAGAGACCUUGCAUAAUGCCUACAGCUUCAAAUUAAUAUUCUGUUUUUCAAAAGAAAGUAUUUACUCAGACUAGUUGUUCACCUAAAUCUACAAGUAGCAUGUUGUGAUAAAAGUUAAAAAUUAAUACAGAAAAAUGAAAAGGUGGGUGCUUCUCAAGCUUUUCUCAGUGUAGAGGACUUGUGGGUCUGGAUGACUUUUAUGUGUGGUUUUAGAAGAUUCCCUUUAGGYUUUUUCUGUUUGUUUGGUCUUGCUGCCUGAAUAUUAAUGUCCAUUUCUUUACACUGUACUCAUGGAGUCGCUGUCAGAUAAUUGUGCAGAUGGUUCAUUCUGAAGGAGUUUCCCUUGGGUUGAACAAAUUCAAAAAUAACAGCAAGAAAUAACUGAAGAAAAAUGCCAAAAAAAAAAAAAAAAAAAAAAAAAAAAAAAAAAAAAAAAAAAAAAAAAAAAAAAAAAAAAAAAAAAAAAAAGCUUUUGAGCUAUUAAUCCAACCAGAACUUCAUUUUUCUCUUCAUUAUAGUUGAGUUUCUUUUCAAGCUAGACUUGCCUACCCUCCCAGUGCCAUUUCGGGCCCAAACAGGGACUUUAUCCACAGAAGAAAAAAUGUAUUCAGUGCGAGUUUUCCAUUUAUCAGGCUUGCCAGUUGGACUUUUAAGAAGGGCCAUUAAGUUUUCAUGACUCAUCAGCUGACAGCAGUAGGAAACAUGCCCAAUUUUGUUUUGCAGCUAGUGUAAUGAUGUUGUCCUGCAACAGACCUUAACGUAACUAGGAAUUUUGAUUUGACGCCAAAGUGAGCAAUAUUGCUGGUGACCUUCGAGCUGGCAGUAAGUGGCAUUCUCAAGGCCUUAAAUUAGUAGGGCAAGCAGAAUAGCAAACCCAUUCUUCUGUUCUAAACCACAGUCUGGUGGGCUCUGCGUCUAAAUUACCCUGCAAGACAAACAUGGGUGAUCUUGGUCACGGCCACAGACACCACAGGGACAACAACCAAAUAAUUUUGGCUAGUUCUUUCUGGUUUUGUUAGCAAGGCAAAAAAUACUCUUCAUGUUAAUUCAUAGCGAUUUCGGGCCAUUUUCUGAUCAGCAGAAUAUCAGGUAAUUGCAGUGAGUAGAAAGGAACACUUCUGGAAGUACCUGAGUGCCACCCAGCUGAGCGCAACCAUCGGCGAGCUGAGCCCCGCUCUGUGUUUUACUGGGAUCCAUUGGCACCAGGGAGGCUGCUGCUGCUGGAACAGAUGGAAGUUUUUCAGGCAGCCAUUSUGGAAGCAGGGUGUGUGCUCGCAGAAUUUGGCCCAGGAGCCCUCAGAACCUUUCAGGUGAGCACAAGCAGUAGUAUGGCGCCGGGACGGGGGGAAGCUGUGCUGUUCAAACUGGUGGAGCCAAGCUUGGCACUGGCCAAGUCUUAUYGUAGCAGAAAUGAAGGUUUGUGCUUACUACUGACAGUGUUGUUUAAACAACUCUGAGACAAUUGGGUAGUUUCUUCAAGUGAAACAAAUUAUUUCUCAAUUUGCCUUAAAGGAACUGUGAAAGCUUCUUUAACUUAAGCCUGAUUGAAGUGAACUGAAACACUGUUUAAUUGUAUUUGUUGCUUUAGAGCUUUUGUUAUAUUGUGCCUACAAAGCAAAUUAUGUUUACACAAAAAUAUAAAUAAAAUGUUGAG